UAGAAAACCUUGGAACACCAGAGAGAGCUCAAAACUGUUCCAAAGCUUAUUUCCAGGAUGUAUCAGAUCAAGUUACAGUGAAGAUGAAGGUUCUCUCAUUCUGCCACAGCUCCAGAGACUGCUUCCCUUUCCCUGGGUUUAUUAUUUUCUUCUUUACUUGUUAUGUUCACAGGAUGGAAUCAGCAAAGUUCACAGUGAUUGGACCUUCUGACCCUGUCUCUGCCAUCCGGGGUCAGGAAACUGUGUUACCCUGUCACCUGUCCCCCAGCAUGAGUGCUGCAAACAUGGAGGUGAGAUGGUUCCGAUCUGAUUUUGCAUCUUUUGUGCACCUGUAUCGUGAUGGGAAGGAUCAGUAUGAUGGGCAGAUGCCAGACUAUUGGGGAAGGACAGAGCUUUUGAAAGCCGGACUCACAGAUGGGAUUGUUCCCCUGAGGAUUCUCGAUAUCAGACUUGCUGAUGAAGGACGAUACCUCUGUUUUGUUCAAGAUGAUACUUUUUAUGGAGAAACUGUAUUGGAACUGCGGGUAGCAGAUUCCUUUUUCCCAAGGGUGAAUCCCUGGAUGGUGGCUCUGAGUGUGAUCCUGGUGGUUUUGUUUUGUUUCAUUGGCCUCACUGUUUAUCUGUUUAAAAUGAAAGGGAAACUUACUGAAGACGUUGGGAAACUUACUGAAGAAGUUGGCAAACGAGAUAUAGAAGUUGAGAAACGAGAUAACGAGAUAAAACAAAAAGACUUCAGUGAAAAUCAGCAUCUUAAUGAUAUUUCAAAAGAACAGUCCACCAAGGCUGCUGUAGUGACACUCAUCAGGCACUCGCCAGUUGUCCAGAAACAGGACCCAGCACAAAUAGAAGAUGAGGAUAAUGGGCACUAG